CGUUCCUCCAAGAGAAUUAGUGAUGCACCUAAGAGGCUGUGGUGACAGUCAUGGAGAAGUUUUUAAAAAGGACAACUGCAAACUCCGAACUGCGCCCUGGACAAGAUUCUGACCCGGAUGAAGACCCGAGUAUGAGUGGUGGGAAAAAGAAAGCAAAGACGGUGAGCUCAAGGCAAUAUGAUUCUGACCCGGAUGAAGGCCCGAGUAUGAGUGGUGGGAAAAAGAAAGCAAAGACGGCACUGGCAGAAAAAACAACUGGAGAGGAAAUUUUUCGGGUCACAUCGGAAUAUCUUGACCAGGGAGGACUUACGUGGGAAAACUGGACAAGUGUGUGCACUGAUGGAGCUGCAGCCAUGGUCGGGCGCACCAAAGGCUUCGAUUUCGGGGAGGUCCGGUAUCGCACUAGAAUGGAUCCACUCCUGGAUCAAGCAGCUGCAGAAGUCCACAUUCAGAAACAAAACAAAGAUGCUUUGGACAUUCCUGGUAAGCACAUGGAUAUCAAUCAGAAGACUUUGGAGAAAUGCAAGGACCUCCCCACCGCCAAUUUAACAGAGACGUUGCUGCUGGAGUCGAGAAUAAAAGAACAAGCCAACUUGAUCUGUGUACUAAAAGAAAGAUCAGAUGAGCUGUUUCACCAAUGCCAAAGUCUGCAGCAAGUCAAGACUGAGCUGGAGAAGCAACUUGAAAAUUGUCAGAAAGAAGUUGUGCAAAAGCAGCAGAGAGCAGAGCUGGUGGAAAAAAGAUUUCUGGAUUUAGACGCCAACAGCCGAGCGAUUAUUGUGUUCAUGGAGGAGUACAAACACCAUAAUGCACAGCUCAAGUUAGAAAACAAAAAACUGCAGACGGAAAAUGAUAAGCUUUUCUCGCAGAAGUUACACGAUAAAGAGAUGACCAUUCAAAAGCUGACAAAGCAAAUAAAAGCGCUAACAGGGGAGUUCACCGCUAAGGAGACUGCAUAUCAGGAGAAAAUAACCCAGAGUGAGACAAUAUCCUUGAAACAAUCAAAAGAGCAUCAAGAAACAGCAGCAUCGUUACUUGAACAAUUAACUGAAUCUCAGCAACACUAUGAGGCCGCCGAACAAAUGUGUAAAGCCGUAAAGCUGAAACUUCUAAAAACCGAGGAGCAGCAUGCCUUGAAGGAAGCCACGAUGACCAAAAGCAUUACAAGCCUCACCAGAGAGAGAGACAAACUCCUGCGGACCUCUGUGGAACAAGAAAACGCCAUACAGGAAAAGCUAGAAGAACUGCGGCUUCUGGAGAUACAAUACAAAGAGCAGAAAAGAGCCCGGACAAAAGCAGAGGAAAGGUUUAAACAGGAAGCACAAGCAGUUAAUGCAGAUAAAAGAGUUAAGUCCCUUAAGAUGGCGCUGGAAGAAGCCAGGACAAAGUACCAGAAGCUGAACAAGGAGUUUGAAGCAUUCAAAGAACACAGCAACAGUCUUCUUACGAAGGAAAGAGAGCUAAAUAAGAUACUGCGACACUUGAGAUGAACCUUCAAGUUUUGUGAAUCUCAAGAAUAGAUUUCAAUUUGAAAUGAUCAAUAG